UCUGAGGUGGAAAGAUGAAGAACUGAAGUCAGUCAGUCAAAGGCUGAUCACAACAAAGACGUCUCUGGAAGAAGAACUUCAUCAAGUCAGAUCUGCUUUAAGACAAAAAGAGGAAGAACUGAAAUCCGUCACUCAGAGGCUUCAGGAAGCUUCAGAUUUAAGGUCCAGCUCCCAGCGAUGUAAACAAGGAUGUGAACACAAAGAAAGUUUGACUGAGAUGGAGACGUUUUACAAGAAGAAGCUCAGUGAGGCCCGAUCUGCUGCAGCUAAAAAAGAGAAAGAACUAAAAUCGGUCAAAGACAGACUGGCAGAACAGGUGGCCAUCUCUCUGAAAACAGGAAACACUGAGAGCAUGAACAACCCGGUCAGUAAAACCAGACUGACUGAGAUGUAUGACAACCUGAAGCUGCUGCAGUGGCCUAAAACCAAAGAUCAGCUGAAGUCCAGGAACGUGGGCCCAAAGGAGGCCAAGGAUCUGAUCCAGAAAACCUUUGGAGCAGCGUCAGAGGAAAUGAAGAGAAAGAAGCAGCAGAUAGAGGAGAUGUUCCAGCAGAUGGAGUCCAGCAGUGGAAGGACUCCUCAGAAGGUUAAAGAGUUCAGACAGCUGACGGUUCAGAACCUGCAGAUGGCGCUGUUCCACAGCAGCAAAGAAGAUCUUCUGAAGGCUGGUUUCCCUGGACAUGGAGGUCCAAACUCAGAGGAGGUGGAGGCGGAUCUGAGAUCUCUGACCUCUGAGUGCUUCUGGUUGGGAUGUUUGAUGGCUCUGAACAAUCCUCCUCUUCAGCCUGACUGGAAGAACCACGUUCCUGGGUUCGACUCCUGGGAUGUUUUUCCUCGAGACAUUAAGCCUUCAGUGGAGUAGAGGAAGCAGAGUAAAACAGAUUCUGAUGUCACUUCCUGUUUAUUUAUCAACCAUGUGAAUCUAUGGCCCAGUUCUGGUUGGUUUCCUUUAGUUUUCUUUGUAUCUCAUGAAUGAUGAGAGAAAAUAAAAUGUUGAUGAUGUCACAGAAGCCUGGAGUUCCUGCAGGGAAACAUGGCUGCUGCUGUUUGUCCACA